AUGGAUGAGAACGGGGAGGUCAGGGAGGCCGUUCACGUCGAGAAGAACACGGCCGAGAAGCACACUGCCGCUCCUCCAGACAAGGAAGUCGAUGAGGUGACGGAACUGUUCAAGGGCCUGGGCAAAAAGAAGAAGUCGAAGAAGCCGAAGGAUGCAGAGGGAGAGGAAGGUGGUGCUGGUGGUGAAGAGGCCACGCCGGCGGCAGACGGCGAGCUCGAUCUCAGCACGGUGAAGAAGAAGAAGAAGAAGUCGAAGGAUGCAGAGGCAGAGGAAGGCGGUGCUGGUGGCGAAGAGGGCGCACCGGCAGACGGCGAGCUCGAUCUCAGCACGCUCAAGAAGAAGAAGAAGAAGCCGAAGAAGGCCGACGUGGGCGACUUCGAGGCCAAGCUGGCCGAGGCCGGUGUGACGGAGGAGGGUGCCCAGGAGAAGGGCGGUCAAGAAGAACUACCAGAGGGCGACCUCGAGGCCGGCACGGGCAUCUGGGCGCACGACGCCACGCAGCCGAUUCCCUACCAGUUCCUCGUCACGCGGUUCUUCUCUCUCAUCCAGAGCCACCACCCGGAUCUGCUGUCGAGCGGGUCCAAGUCGUACAGGAUUCCGCCGCCGCAGUGUCUGCGUGAAGGCAACCGCCGGACCAUCUUUGCCAACAUUUCCGACAUUUGCAAGCGCAUGAAGCGGUCGGACGAUCACGUCAUGCAGUUCCUGUUCGCGGAAUUGGGUACCAGCGGCAGUGUCGACGGCAGCCGGCGUCUGGUCAUCAAGGGUCGUUUCCAGCAGAAGCAGAUCGAGAACGUGUUGCGACGAUACAUUGUUGAAUACGUCACCUGCAAGACCUGCCGAAGCCCCGACACGGAACUGAACAAGGGAGAGAACCGUCUCUACUUCGUCACCUGCAACUCGUGCGGCUCGCGUCGUUCCGUCACGGCCAUCAAGACCGGUUUCCGUGGCCAGGUCAGUCGGAGGAAGAAGGCUCAAUGA